AUGGCUGCGCCGCGCCGGCCCCGGCUCCAGCUGCCGCUGCCGCUGCUGCCGCUGCUGCUGCUGCUGCUGCCCGCGCCGAGCGAGGGUCUUGGCCACUCUGCUGAACUGGCAUUUGCUGUGGAGCCAAGCGAUGAUGUUGCCGUCCCUGGGCAGCCUGUAGUGCUGGGCUGCAGGGUGGAGGGGACCCCUCCAGUGAGAAUCACCUGGAGGAAGAAUGGGGUGGAGCUGUCAGAGAGUACCCACUCCACCUUGCUGGCCAAUGGGUCCUUGAUGAUCCGUCACUUCAGGCUGGAGCUCAGAGACAGCCCUUCAGAUGAGGGUGACUAUGAGUGCGUGGCUCAGAAUCGCUUUGGGCUGGUGGUCAGCCGGAAGGCUCGCAUCCAGGCUGCAACCAUGUCGGACUUCCACGUGCACCCCCAGGCCACCGUGGGUGAGGAGGGCGGCGUGGCCCGCUUCCAGUGCCAAAUCCAUGGGCUUCCCAAACCCCUGAUCACGUGGGAGAAGAACAGAGUCCCCAUUGACACGGACAAUGAGAGGUACACAUUGCUGCCCAAGGGGGUCCUGCAGAUCACAGGACUUCGGGCCGAAGACAGUGGCAUCUUCCACUGUGUGGCCUCAAACAUUGCCAGUGUCCGAAUCAGCCAUGGGGCCAGGCUCACUGUGUCAGGCUCGGGCUCCGGGGCCUACAAGGAGCCGGCGAUCCUUGUGGGGCCUGAGAACCUCACCCUGACUGUGCACCAGACCGCGGUGCUCGAGUGUGUCGCCACGGGCAACCCGCGCCCCAUUGUGUCCUGGAGCCGCCUGGAUGGCCGCCCCAUUGGGGUGGAGGGCAUCCAGGUGCUGGGCACAGGAAACCUCAUCAUCUCAGACGUGACCGUCCAGCACUCGGGCAUCUACGUCUGCGCAGCCAACAGGCCUGGCACCCGGGUGAGGAGAACAGCACAGGGCCGGCUGGUAGUGCAAGCCCCAGCUGAAUUUGUCCAGCAUCCCCAGUCCAUCUCCAGGCCAGCUGGGACCACAGCCAUGUUCACCUGCCAAGCCCAGGGUGAGCCACCCCCUCAUGUCACGUGGCUGAAGAAUGGACAGGUGGUGGGGCCAGGAGGCCACGUCAGGCUCAAGAAUAACAACAGCACGCUGACCAUUUCGGGAAUUGGUCCUGAAGACGAAGCCAUCUACCAAUGUGUGGCCGAGAACAGUGCUGGCUCUUCACAGGCCAGUGCCAGACUGACCGUGCUGUGGGCCGAGGGGCUGCCUGGGCCCCCCCGCAAUGUGCGGGCAGUCACCGUGUCAUCCACCGAGGUCCGUGUGUCCUGGAGCGAGCCCCUGGUCAAUACCAAGGAGAUCAUCGGCUAUGUCCUGCAUAUCAGGAAGGCUGCUGACCCACCAGAGCUGGAGUACCAGGAAGCAGUCAGCAAGAGCACCUUGCAGCACUUGGUGAGCGACCUGGAGCCCUGCACAGCCUACAGCUUCUACGUCAAGGCCUAUACACCAAGGGGGGCCAGCUCAGCCUCCGCCCCCACCCUGGCCAGCACCCUGGGUGAAGCCCCUGCCCCACCCCCGUUGUCAGUGCGGGUCCUGGGCAGCUCCUCCCUGGGGCUGCUGUGGGAGCCUUGGCCCCGGCUGGUCCAGCACGAGGGCGGCUUCAAGCUGUUCUACCGCCCAGCAAGCAAAGCCUCCUUCACUGGCCCCAUUCUGCUGCCUGGAACUGUCUCCUCCUACAACCUCAGCCAGCUCGACCCCACUGCAGUGUACGAGGUGAAGCUGCUCGCCUACAACCAGCAUGGGGAUGGCAACGCCACAGUCCGCUUUGUGUCUUUGAGGGGAGCAUCUGAGAGGACAGCCCUGAGCCCACCAUGUGACUGCCAGAAGGAGGAAGCCACCAACCAGAAGUCUACCACAGGCAUCGUCAUUGGCAUCCACAUUGGGGUCACCUGCAUCAUCUUCUGUGUCCUCUUCCUCCUGUUUGGCCAAAGGGGCAGGGUCCUCUUGUGUAAGGAUGUGGAAAACCAGCUCUCCCCUCCUCAGGGCCCCCGGAGCCAGAGGGACCCUGGCAUCCUGGCCCUGAAUGGGGCGGGACAGGGAGAGCGGGGCCAGCUGGGCCGGGAUGGGAAAUGUGUGGACACGAAGGAGCUGGAGCAACUGUUCCCCACAGCUGCGGCGUCAGGGCAGCCAGAGCCCAGAUCCAUGGACCCUGCAGCCCCAGCCCUGUGUGAGGAGACCCAGCUCUCCAUGCUGCCACUGCAGGGGCUCAGCUUUCUGGAGGGAAGGACGACAGAGGCCAAGGCCCCCUGCACAGGCCCCAUGGCUGCCCUACCACCCCAGGACAUGAACCCUGGCCUCCUGGCUGACCCAUCCUCCGUGGGGAUCCCGAGCACCCUCGGCCCAGGCCCUGGGAGGGACGGAUGCCACCCCGCAGCCUGUCCCCUGCCCUGCAGCCGCAGAGCCCCUGGGGCAGGCCUGGCCCUGGAAGGGAUCCCAGGAAGUGUCCUGCAGCCACCUCACCACCUGAGCCUGGGGGUCCGCUACCUGCCGCCCCUGGAGCCUCAGGUGGACAAGUUCGUGUUAGCAGAGACUGGCAGCUGCUGA